AUGGAGCACAACGGUGCCUGCUUGGAGCCCUUGAUCCUGGACGACGAUCAUGCCAUUUGCUGGCAGCGGGGCCGGGACCCUUCCCCGCACCCCGGCCUGGCCGCCCGCCGCCGGACUGAUCCCCCUGCCGAUGCCUUGAAGCCAGCCCUCGUCAUGAGGUCGGGCGUGAGGCCCGGAUCUGGACAACGCCGCAUGGCCCAGUCUUGCAUGGCGGGCGCGACUCCGGCGGCCCGUGCCCCGGCCCGGCGAAGCAUCGACAGCCGGCGUCUUUCCGGCGGCGGAUCCAACCCCAGUCGCGCGAGACCGGCCCGUAAGGCCGCCAUCCGGCCCUGA